GUUCUUUUCCUGCCUGCGCUCCCAUUUGUUUACCGCUUGACUGGUGUGUUACACUCUAUAAAGCGUUCGUCGAUGGGUGAAGCAGUACCUGGCGGAAUUUGAAAGAUCGCUCUCAGUUAACCGACCCUCGACCCUCCCGUCAAGAUGGCUUCUACGAGCGACAUUCGCGACAUAAUGAACCUGGGCCAGGCAGGGCCUCGCCAGCCUGCGCCCAAGAAGAAAAAACACGUUGAACCUCAACUGCGCGUCACUGGUGUGAAGCGAGAAGUACAAGCUCUUAUGGGCGAUUCUGUCCCUCCCAUUGCUAUCGUCGAACAGCGCUCCUACAAGUCAAGACCGUCCAUCUCUCAGAAAUUGUUCAAGCCGCGUCAUUGGGAGGAGAGACCAUUUGUGCAUGGGGGAAGAACUGAUGGAUUAGUGCUGAGACACUGGAAACGAUCUAUUCCUGGCUCGAACGCCCGCGCCCCGGUUGUUGCGCAUGGCUCCGCCGAUGUUGAAAUGACAGAUGAAUCAAAGGCAUCCCCGCCGGUGCAAGAACUAUGGUUUGAGGAGGAGUACCCAUCUCACAAAUGGAAUGCAAAGGUCCAAGUACCAGCCUACACGGAUGAACAGUAUGAGAAUAUGUUAAAGUUGGAGGAUUGGACGCGGCAGGAGACCGAUUAUCUCAUGGAACUAUGCCGUGACUAUGACUUGAGAUGGAUCAUAAUCGCCGACAGGUACAAUCCAGAAGAUAUUCCAGCUCCCAAGCCGGCCACUCAAAAUGGGGAGGCCAAUGGCAGUGAGCUUAUUGUGAAACCUCAUUACCCCAAUCGCUCUAUGGAAGCUCUCAAGCAACGAUACUACGCCAUUGCUGCAAAGCUGAUGGAAGCGCAGACGCCAGCAAGCACAAUGACCCAGGCUGAAUUCCAACUCUGGGAGAAGAUGCGCAACUUUGAUGCCAAGACUGAGACAAUGAGGAAAGCGAUGGCGGAAAAACUAUUCGAGCGCACGAAAGACGAAGCCGAUGAGGAACGAAUUCUUCUUGAAGAACUUCACCGCAUCACCAAGAACGAGGACGACUUCAUCAAAAUGAGACGGGAUCUGUACUCGAGGCUCGAACCUGUGGCGCCUAUCAGAAGAACUGAAAGGGGGGAAGAACAGUCUACUGCCAUGUAUCAAACUUCCGGGGGACUUUCUAUGUUACUGCAGAGCCUUCUCGCCAAAGAGAAGAGGCUCAAGCGACCUCCUUUACCCGGCAGCAUCGAGACCGGCACCGCUUCCACUCCCACCGAAUCGCAGAGAUACGAUAAGGGUAGACACCCGCCCCAAUAUAAUCGGCGGGAUACUACCGACACCCAGGCGACUGAAGAAGCAUCCGGAGCACAAAAGAAAGGUUCGAUGUCUCAACCCAGUGUUCGAGUCUUGUCGUCUCAGGAGGAGGCAAGGUUUGGUGUUUCGCAUCCACAAGAAAGAAUUACAAGUGGUGUGCAAUUCCGCCAUGAGAAGAUCAAUCGCCUCACCAUGGCCAAGAGCCAAACUCAAACCACCAAGAUUCAAGCGGCGUUGACCGAGUUAGGCAUUCCACCUCGUUUGCUUAUGCCCACAGAGCGAGUAUGUCGAGAAUUCGAGAGAUUGGUGACUGAGAUCAACGUGCUGCUUGAUUGUAGGAAGGUUAAUGAGAAGAUUGCGACCGAGAUCAAGAUCUUGGAAGAGGCCAGGCGAAUCAGGUUGGGAUUGCCAAAAGAUGGAGAGGAGCCUGCUUCUUCUAAUAAUCCAGCCCAGCCUUCCUUUCCUACAACUACAGACGCAAUGGAAGUCGAUGAUUCUCAGGUGGCAAACGAUUCUAAGAUUGAAGACACUAAAGAUGACUCGAUUGCUGUCGCUGAGGAAGACCAGGACGCUGAAGCCGAGGAUGAUGUUCCCGAACAAAAGGUCGAUGAGAAGAGGCCUGGUGCAGAAGCUGGAGGGGACGAGAGCUCUAUGAAAGUGAAACAACAAGCAGAGGAAGCAGAUGCCGACGCGGAAGCGGAUGUGGAUCAAGAUGCAGCCCAAGAGACCGCUCCGAAACCGGGGGAUCAAGAAGAAGAGAGCGAAGGAACUAAAACAGGCGAAGACAACGACGAGGAAGACGAUGAGCAGAACGACGAAGGAGUCACAGCCGUCGAUGAGGAGGAAGAUGACGACUCUGACGAAGGCGGGGACGAAGCUCAAGCUGACCUUGAUGAGGAGGAAGAGGAAGAGGAAGAGGAUGCCGAGAUUGCGGCAACACCGCAGAAUGAGAGCGACGCGGAAGAGGACAACGGGGAUGAAGAUGACGAUGAGGACGAGGAUGAGGAUGAGGAUGAAGAGGCAGAAGUCGAGGCAGAGUCUGACGAGGAAGGAAAUGGCAACGAGGACGACGCAGGCUCGGACGAUGAAGCCGACAUUGACAAUCAGGAUGAAGAAGACAAGGACGAGGAAGACGAUGAGGACGAUGUCCCCGCCGCAGCAGAGGCCGAUGACUCGGAGGAUGCUGAGGAAGAGCCAGAUGAAGAACCAGCUGCUCCCAGCCCUCCACCACGCGCACACAAGCGCUCUGCAAGCGUCAUAUCUGCGGCAAGUCGCGCGGGAAGCAAUCGAAGUGGAAUUGGGAGGAAGAAGAGACGGUGAAUGCUCGGUAGCUAACUCGAUCUGAUUGAGAAUUGUAUGGCCUGAUUGAAUGCUGCCUAUGUAGCCGCCCGACUCUUUGAACAAGCACACCACUCUUCCACCAGUACCCAAGUCCACCGAGCCCGCUCAGGGCGCGUUCAAUUUCCCGUCUCUGCUGUCCAGCUGUAACCGAAUGACGAUCAUCACACUUCUCACAGAUACAUUGCCCUAUGGGCCAAAUUUUAGCUCCCUGGCCACUGGCCGCGCAACACUUCAC